AUUAGUCCACUCGGCGCAACCCUCUCUCUUUUUAAAUUCGCCAAUAGUCUCUUCACUUUCUCAACGCCUUUUCUCUCUCUCUUUCUCACUCUACUUUACCUUAUACUAAUAUUUUCUCCGAUGGCGCACGAUAGCGAUCUCCCAUGCGACGGCGAUGGCGUCUGUAUGGUCUGCAAAACGAAGCCAUCCGAGAACGAAUCCCUCGUCUGCAAGACCUGUGCUACUCCCUGGCACGUCAACUGCCUCUCUGCUCCUCCAGAUUCCAUGGCCGAUGCCGUCAACUGGGAGUGUCCUGACUGCUCAUUGCCACCCGAUGCCGCCGUUAAACAGAAUGCUUCUGCUUCCUUGUCUUCUGGAGACUUGAUCUCUGCGAUUCGGGCCAUUGAAUCCGAUUCCUCACUCACCGAUCAGGACAAGGCCAAGCGACGACAAGAGCUCUUGAGCGGAGGCGCCAAAGACAUUAUUCUCGAGGGGAUCAAUCCAGACAACGAUGUUCUAAAUAUUCUUGAUGGCACUUUGAACUGCUCUAUGUGCAUGCAACUUCCAGAGAGACCUGUUACGACACCUUGUGGUCAUAAUUUUUGCUUGAAGUGCUUUCAAAAGUGGGUUGGGCAGCGGAAGAGCACCUGUGCUAAUUGUCGCACUCCAAUUCCUGCUAAAAUGGCAAGCCAACCUCGAAUUAACUCUGCUCUAGUCAUUGCCAUAAGAAUGGCAAAAACACUACGAUCUGGUACCUCUAGUGGGACCUCAAGGGUUGCACAUUUCAUUCACAACCAAAAUAGACCUGACAAAGCUUUCACCACUGAGCGCGCAAAGAAGACUGGGAAGGCUAAUGCUUGCAGUGGGAAGAUUUUUGUCACCAUCCCUGGCGACCAUUUUGGACCAAUUUCAGCAGACAAUGAUCCAGAGCGCAACUUGGGUGUUUUGGUUGGGGAGACUUGGGAGGAUCGGUUUGAGUGUCGGCAAUGGGGGGCUCAUUUCCCUCACGUGGCUGGUAUUGCAGGACAGUCAGAUUUUGGGGCCCAGUCUGUUGCACUUUCUGGUGGCUACGAAGAUGACGAAGAUCAUGGUGAAUGGUUUCUUUAUACUGGAAGCGGUGGAAGAGACUUGAGUGGUAACAAGCGAACAAACAAGCUACAAUCGUUUGACCAGAAAUUUGAUAAGCUUAAUGAAGCUUUACGUGUCAGCUGUUUCAAGGGUUAUCCUGUCCGAGUUGUAAGGUCACACAAAGAGAAGCGCUCGUCGUACGCACCAGACAAAGGAGUUCGAUACGAUGGGGUCUACAGGAUUGAAAAAUGUUGGCGGAAAGCUGGAAAACAAGGAUUCAAAGUUUGUCGAUAUCUUUUCGUGCGCUGUGAUAAUGAACCUGCCCCAUGGACCAGUGAUGACCAUGGGGACCGUCCUAGGGCCUUGCCUCUCAUCAAAGAACUAAAUGGUGCCACGGAUAUGACUGAGAGAAAAGGAGCUCCAGCCUGGGAUUAUGAUGAGGAAAAGAGUUGCUGGAUGUGGAAAAAGGCUCCUCCUCCCAGUAGGAAACCAGUUCAAUGUGAAAAUGAAGAUGGCACAAAAGUGAGGAAUGUUAAACCAAAGAGACUUGCAAUGUCUUUAAAGCAGAGGCUCUUGAAAGGGUUUAGUUGUCUUAUUUGUCGGGAAGUGAUGAACCAUCCACUUACCACUCCAUGUGCUCAUAACUUCUGCAAGGCAUGUUUGGAAGGUGCCUUUGCAGGGCAAUCUUUCACAAGACAGAGGACAUGUGAAGGCAGACGUACAUUACGAGCCCAGAAAAAUAUAAUGAAAUGCCCGUCAUGCCCAACUGAUAUAUCUGAUUUCCUCCAGAAUCCCCAGAUUAAUAGAGAGUUGAUGAGUGUGAUAGAAUCACUGAAGCGCCAAAUUGAGGAAGAAAAUGCAGCAUUAAGUGAUGAUGUUGAUGAUGGUGGCUUGGAUGCAAAUGAUGUGGUUCUAGCUGACGAAGCUGUUGGAACAGAUGAGAGUGUGGAGGAUGAUAAAGAAGGUGAACAACCUGUCAAUGAGACUGAAACCAAGCAGACCCACAAGAGAAAGAGAACCCAAAAUAUGGACAAUGUCUCUCCCAUAAAAUCUGUUGACAAACCUGAUGUGCAUUAUCUUGAGGAAGUUGAUUCUGCCGUACCUGAUUUUUCAGUUUGCAAGUAGCCACAAGCUACUGGACUUGAUGGAGCUAUAACAUGUCUCUGAAGCAGACACAAUGGUGGCAGCUAAGGUGGUUCCCGGAAUGUGAUUCUGAACAAGUUGGCGGACAUGUAUAUUGUGGAUUGUUUCUGGUAUAUUUUUUGUUUGGACCUAUAAGACCUUGGUGCAUUUGUCAAAUUCCAAUUGCAUAAUCCUAGGCCUUGCAUAGCUAACUUACUUUGAUGUUGAAACUUAUCAGCAACCAAUUGGUGUUUUAUUUUAGUCUUAUGGGAUAGUAGAUUGAAAUUAUGAUCUGCAACCAUUAAUGAUGGAGAUUUCCUUUCUUUA